UAGUACAAAGUUAUUAAGGGAAAAAAAUUUUUGUUUAAUCAUUUCUAAAAAUGAGGAAAUGCUUUGCUUUGAUGAUCUUCCUCGCUUCUUUUCUUCUUCGUGUCCUUCAAAACCUCGAACUUGUUCAUGCCGUCGGGUGUGCCGGAAGCUUAUUCAACGUUAACAGCACUUACGCUCAGAAUCGUCACAAUCUCUUCUCUACUCUUGCUUCAAAAGUCGUUGCCAACGGUAGAUUAUACAACGAUUCACUCGGCCAAAAUCCCAAUAGAGUUCACGCUCUUGUAUUCUGCACAAGAGGCGACGAGCAAGCUUGUAUUAGUUGUGUCCAAAAAGUAACACAGAAUAUACAAACGAGCUGUCCAAAUCGCAUGGAUUCGUUCCAGUGGAACAAUGACGAUGUAGAUGACCAAGUUUCUUGUCUUGUACGUUCCUCAAACCACACAACUUUCCAGAACCUCGAGCUUCGACCUGCCGUCAUUCACCCAAGUCCAGAUAGUAUCGAACCAUCCAAGAACACGACCCUUUUCAGUAAGCAGUGGGAAGCAACGGUCAAUCGGACUAUCCAGGUUGCCACGGAAGCUAAUACUUCCUCGCUACUUCAGUACAUUGGUGCUGUAAAGGCCGAGUUCACGGAGUUUCCAAAUGUAUACAUGUUGAUGCAAUGCACGCCCGACAUAACUUCUCGAGAGUGCAUGAUAUGUUUGGAAAACUGCGUGGCUUAUUUUAAAACACAGUUUUGGGGAAGACAAGGAGGCUCGGUUAGUCGCCCGAGCUGUCUUUUCAGGUGGGAUCUAUAUCGUUUCCAUGGUGCCUUUGAUAAUGUAACAAUAUUUCAUGCACCUCCUCGAGUUCAGCCACCUGAAAAUGACAAGAAAGGAAAAGGCAUUAGGUUGGGUGGAAUUAUCGCGAUAACUGUGCCUGCUUUCAUUACUCUUUUGGUCUUUAUUGGUCUCAUAAAAUUCUAUGUUCGGAGGAGAAAAUUCAACAAGGGAAUAUAUGGUAAGGUUGGUAGAGCAGAGUACUCCGAUUCGGACUGUCAAUAUAUGCUACGGUUUGAUCUUGGUAUGAUCUUAAUGGCAACCGAUGAAUUUUCGUCUGAAAACAAGCUAGGCCAAGGUGGAUUUGGUACGGUCUAUAAGGGGAUAUUACUAAACGGGAGAGAGAUAGCAGUGAAAAGAUUAACCAGAGGUUCAGAAGAAGGAUGCAUGGAGUUUAAGAAUGAGGUUUCACUCUUGACAAGACUCCAACAUAAGAAUUUGGUUAAGCUUCUUGGUUUCUGUCAUGAAAGAGAUGAAGAGAUUCUUGUCUACGAGUUUGUCCCCAACUCAAGUCUUGACCACUUUAUCUUCGAUGAAGAGAAGCGUUCGCUUCUUACAUGGGAGGUGAGAUUCAAAAUUAUAGAAGGUGUUGCUCGAGGUCUUGUUUAUCUCCAUGAAGACUCUCAGCUGAAGAUUAUUCACCGAGAUUUGAAGGCAAGCAACAUCCUUUUAGAUGCAGAGAUGAAUCCUAAAGUUGCAGAUUUUGGGACGGCUAGGUUGUUCGACACUAAUGAGACUCGAGCUGAAACAAAACGAAUAGCUGGAACUCGUGGAUAUAUGGCUCCCGAAUACCUGAGUUACGGGCAAAUCUCAGUUAAAUCUGAUGUAUAUAGCUUCGGUGUUAUGCUUCUAGAGAUGAUAUGUGGUAAAAGAAACAAUAGCUUUGAAGGAGAAGGAAUUGCAGCUUUUGCAUGGAAGAGAUGGGAUGAAGGAAGGCCUGAGAUUAUAAUUGAUCCAUUCUUGGUAGAGAAGCCGAGUAACGAGAUUAUUAAGUUGAUCCAGAUUGGUUUGUUGUGUGUUCAUGAGAAUGCAACAAAGAGACCAACCAUGAGGUCUUUAAUAAUUUGGCUCAGCCGUGAGACUAUUAGCAUCCCUUUACCUAAGGAUCUUGCUUUCACAAGGAAUGAAUCUCAAUCUGAAGAUGGUACAAUGUCAAUGAGCAGUGUCUUCACAAAGUUGAGUUCACGUUGAGUUAUAAUUUUAUUAAUCAAGCGAUGGUGUUUUUAGGUUAAUACCAUGUAUUGUAAUUGUAUUGAUUGAGAAUGAGCGUAGUAAAAAGUGUGAGGAAAUACAAUCGUAGGUUCUAUAAAGCUGUACAAAGGAUGUAUGUUAAUAACUAUAAUGCAUACGAAGUUGAUUACAUGUCUUCUUUUAUAUAAUAUCAAUAAUAUUAACAGAGAAUAAAACAUUCAUUAAUAGUAGAAUAUUCUUUUGGUUUUUGGGAUUUAACUACAUUUAAGCUAACAAUAAAAUUGACCAAAUUAAUUAUACUUUACCCCACACUAAUGGGUCAGUAUGGUAUUUUACCAAAUACAAGAGCGGUUAUUUAAUAUUUAUUCAUUUCGAAUUUUGAAUCAAAUCACAAAGAAUAAAUAUUUAUUCUAAACAUGGACUAAGUAAACAUACUAAAAAUGUACUAAAAUUUUUAUACUACUUAACAACUUAUCUAUGUUUAGAAUAAAUAUUUUUUGGACCAUUUCAUUAGACUUAACUAUUAAAAGGGAAGGAUUCUCAAAAAAUCUACUUAAACAAGGUUAUUGGACCAUUUCAUUAGACUUAACUAUUUUUUGGUCUUACCUUAUAUUUUUCUAACUAUAUAAAUAUUUUACAUAAUUUAAAUGAACUCAUUUCUUAUUCUCCCAUAAUCUACUAUAUAAUUACCCUAACAAUAAAUUUCCAUGAAUUUAGGACAUAUUAUUCAAACAUUUUUACACAUGACGUGAUCAUUACCACAUAUAGUUCUACUAAUAGUAUAAAAUUUACAAUGGUUUAGUUAUGUUUAAUAGGUAUAUAAUUUAUAUUUUAAAAAUUUAUGUAUUCAUUUGGUUCUCAGUUCGGUUUCUAUUUUUUUGGUUCCAAAGAUAUAGGAUAUGCUCAGUUAUUUAUGAAAUUCAUCUUAAACUUGAUUUUUUUUUUAAGUUUGGUACGUUUCAAUGUAUUCGGGUAAAUGUACUCAACCCUAUAAAAUAUCUUAUAUAGAAUUUAUAUUAAAAGAAUUUAUUUUAUUUCAAAAAUAAACUCGUGCUUUCUAAACUUAGAUCAAAAUCUAAUACAUCUUUAUGAAUCAUGAUUUUUGGAUCUAUCUAUUAAUUAUCAUUUCCUUAUGAAUCAACACAUGUUCUACGGGUGUAUUAUAUCUAAUAUAAUUAUUUUAAGAAAAUUGAAAAUGUAACCCGAGCAGAUUCAGAUCUAGUUAAUGCUUAAUAUGAUUUGUGGUUGCAUGGACUAGUUAUUAAUGCAUACUUGAAUGUGCUUACCCAGUGAGAAUUGAUGUUAAUUGUAUGAUUAGUAUAAGGAUUAAAAUUAGGAAGUGGGUUAAUCUAAUUGUUUGUUUCUAGACUUAAGGAUUUACAUUUGAAUGUUUGACUAACAUCCUAGAUGACCAUUAGAUCACCUAAUCAAUUGUGAAACUCCAUAAGUCUAUUUUUAAAUAUUAAUUAAAGCUUAUUUAUUUUUUUAGUAAUUGAUCGAGAUUGAGUUCAUUUGCUUAUUUUCUGUUUUAUUACUUCAGAAAUCCAUCUUUGACUUAGAUUAAUUAUGAAUUUGCAUUCUUUUGUUCUUGAAAUACUUAGGUGUGAUUGACACAUUAACUGUUACAAUUACAUUGUUGUGGCUGACAAAAAAGUACAUUGUUGUGCUUACAACUUAAGUGAUUAAGGAAUACAACUUUUUCCACAGACGCCGCCAGCUACUGGAGAAAAAAUCCAACGAGAAAAGCGAGAUUGAAGAUGUAAGAUGUCCGCUCUAAAGUAGUCGCUGACGUAGUUGCUGAAGCAGACGAGUCAAGGUGCUGAGCUGGAGCCGUAUAGAUUUGGAGAGCAAGAGAGUAUCUUGGAGAUAAGGAAAGAGGAAUAAACUUGAGGAGUAAGUUUAUGACUUAAAGAAAGAGGAAUAAGUGCAUUCUAAGAAAAAGAAAGUUGCACUUAUUGUUAUGGAAGAUGUCCAUACAUGUUGCCUUGGAGACUAGGGUUUCAAGAACGUGGAGAAUAACUAUAAGAUACUUAUGAGGUCGUCUGUAUAGACACAGAGACACCGAGGCUGAUCUUAUAGAGAGAGAUAAGCUCUUGGAAGUGUUCUUGGGUCGUGCUGAAUCAGUUGCCGAAGUACUUGACGAAAGAGAGACAUGGUUGGGUAGAUUAGGAAUUCUUCAGUAGCGUGUGUUAGGACAUUACCACUAGACGUGUAAAAGCUGAAUAAACAAGGUCUUGUAAUAGAUUGUUUCAUGAGAUUUCUAAUACAAGCAUAAGUGUUGCUUGUAGUUAUUUUGUCUCUUGGUUUACUUUCUCCAGUAAUAUACUGUAGUGUCAUCUUGCACCUACAAGUGGUAUCAGAGUGGGGCACCUAAGUUAUCGGUGUAAUCCUGAAGGUGAAGAUGGUCACGAUUGUUUUGAUGCAGAAGGAAAUCAUGUUGAACGCAGACCAGUAUGGUCAUUGGAAGGCUUGCAUGAAGCAGAUAAUUCGAGGAAUCAAUGAAUAUGUGUGGACAGCUGUAGAAAUUUGUUGGGAGGAGCCUACCAUAGUCACAGGAGAUGAGAAGAAGCCUAAGCCAAAAGAGGAUUGGUCAGAGGCAGAACGCAAUGCACCUAAGUUUAAUGCAAAGGCAUUGUCGGUGAUUUUUGGAGCGGUUUAAGCAUAACAGUUCUAGCUGAUUCAGGGGAGUACUUCAGCUAAAGAGGCGUGGGACAUCUGAAUUCAUUUGAAGGAGAUGAGAGUGUCAAGAUGACACGUCUCGAUCAUCUUCGGUCGCAGUUUGAGAAUCUUAGGUGCUCUAACAAUGAUUCUAUGGCAAGCUUCAGUGCCAAACUCAGUGCUAUGGCGCAUGAAGCAUGUGUACUUGGGAAGAAGUACAAGGAGAAAAAGCUGUUAAAGAAGUUACUACGCUGUCUUCCAACGAAGUUUGGAGCUCACAAGGCGGUUCUGCAGAUGACUACAAACACGGAUGAGCUCAAGUUUGAUAAGCUUGUGGGAAUGCUGAAGGCAUAAGAGAUGGAGACAGACAGUAGUUCAGUCUCUACGUCAGCUGGUGCAUAAAGGAGUACAUCGCUUGUUGCU